CUUCCCACAGUGCCCCUCGAUAGCCGCUAUGGAGGCCGGCAGGACUGCGGUCUUGCGCGUGAAGCGGAAGCGUAGCGCGGAGCCUGUCGAGGCUCUCGUGCUGGCCUGUAAACGCCUCCGGAGCGGCGAGGUCGAGUCGUCGGCUCAGGAGACGCCGCAGGGUCCGGAGGCAGCGGCUGAGAGUAAUGUCUUCCAGUUGGUUGCUACCUUGCGCUCCCAGGAGGAGCCCAUCCAGCAGCUUGUGCGGGCUGCCCUGCGCCCGUCCCGGAGCAGCCAGCUGCGUAUCCGCCGCGAUCUUCGAGCCUCGGUUCGCGAGGUCCGUAAAGAAGGCCGCUACAGGGUUGUCUCCAGCCACCGAUCCUCAGGGAUCUCUAGCGGUUCGGAGCCACCGUGUAUGUCGGAAGAUGCUGGGGAUGCAGGCUUCCAGUUGUUGGACCUGGUCCACGAGGAGGGAGACCCAGAGGCGGCCCAGACUGCUGCAAAGUGAACAUCUGAUCCAGAUGUGAUCCUCUGCAAUUCUGUAGAGUUGAUCCGUGAGAGGCUGACUGUAUCUGAAGAUGAACCACAAGUGGAGCACCAGAAGGAAUCAAAGCACAAUGACGACUAUGUAUAUGACAUUUACUAUAUGGAGAUGGCCCCUCCAGGAUGGAUUGAGAACAUUCUGUCUGUGCAGCCCUACAGCCAGGAGUGGGAGCUGGUGAAUGAUGAUCAGCAACCAGAAGAUACGUAUGAAGAUGAAGAUGAUGAAAACAGUGAAAAUAAUUGGCGCAAUGAGUAUCCAGAUGAAGAAAGCAGUGAUGAAGAUGAAGAUUCUAGAGACUCUAAUGAAUACAACAGCCUCAGCGAGGAGGAAAGAGGCAGCAGACAAUUGAUGUGGAGCAAGUACCCUUUGGAUGUACAGAAGGAGUUUGGCUAUGAUAACCCCCAUGAUCUGGAUUCAGAUUGAUAGUCUCGUGAGAUUCUUCCACAAGCCCUUGAGAGCUCUGUGACUGCAGUGCCAUCAUCUUAGGAUGCCUUACUGGAGAUGUAGAAAGAAAAACUAUACCCCAGCACAAUACAGACUUAACUAAGGGCUCUUCUGCUUAUAAGUGAAGCCCAGCAUGCUGGCUCAUGCCUGUAAUUUCCAGCAUUCAAGAAUCUAGGAGCAAAAGGACUGAGAAUGCAAGACUAGCCAAGAUUGCAUAUAAAAUUCUAGGCUAACCUGGGCAAAAGAAUAAGAUUCUAUUAAAAAAAAAAAAAAAAAAAAAAAAAAAAAAAGGGGAUCCUACAGUCUGGAAAUAAAGUGAUGUACAAUCUCCAGCCCAGGUGGUUUCCUAUUAUUCUCUUCUCAAGUCUAAAGGAGCUGGAGAGAGGAAGCUCCUAUUUCAUCGGCAGUAUAAUCUACCUUCCAAAUUGGAGUGCCUGCCUCCAAUAAAGCCUGUUUUCUUUGAUGGAGGUCAUCUCUAUAAGGGCAACAGUGCCCCCUCCCUCCUUUGCCUUUAGACACUGAUAAUGGUUAUAAAGACUGCUCUCAUCUUUUGGCAGUGGUGCCACAGAACAGUAUUAUGCAAUACUCAUAAAAACAAACUUUUUACACAGAAGCAAUUUUUAUUGCUUUGUUUUUUCCAAGACAGGGUUUCUCUGUAGCUUGCAGCCUGUCCUGGAACUCACUCUGUAGACCAGGCUGGUCUCUAACUCACAGACAUCCACCUGCUUCUGCCUCCAGGUGCUGGGAUUCAAGGCCGGUACCAUCACCUCCCAUCUGCAAGCAAUUCUUUUAAGCCCUCUCAAUCUGACUAUUUUAGGUUUGCCCCACAGAAAAGGGAGAGGUUAGUGAGACAGGCAUUUCAUAAUUAACUUUAUAUACUGUGGACUAAGUUAACUGUUUAACAGCACUCACAAAAAAUAAGUUACAGUUGUCCCUCAGUAACUUUGGUUCCAAGACUGCCAAAAUCCACCAUAUAUGUAAGUCUCUUACAUAUGUACAUGGUUAGAGUAGGCACAUCUCCCCCAAAAUAUUUAAAAUCUACCCAUCACCAAUAGGACCAUUUUUGUUACCAAAACGCUUAAAGGCAGUCCCUAUUCCCUCUACUGGUUUUCUAAAUCUCAGCAGCCUUAGACCUAGAUACAGUAGUAUUGUCCAACAGAACACACCACAGCAUGUUCUAUAUAUUCACUGUCCAAUUUCAUGGUCACUGAGCACUUGAAAUAUGAUUAGUACAACUGAGAAACCUCAGGGAUUUUUGUUUGCAGGUGACAGUCUCAGCCCUGGCUAUCCUGGAAGUCACUGUGUAGACCAGGCUGGCCUUGACCAAAAGAGAUCCACCUGCCUCUGCCUCCCUAGUGCUGGGAUUAAAGGUAUGCACCAGGCUGGCUUUUUAAAAAAAACAAACUAAAACUUGCAAUUUUGCCUUAGUCUUCCAAGUGCUAGUAUUAAAGGUGCAAGCUAUUAAAUUGGCUAGAUUUCAUUUUAACUUAGCUACAUAUGGCUAGUUAUUACUGUAGUAGUUACUAUAGGUCUAGGGAAAUAACACUCAGAACAUUCGACUCUUCUCCUGUGAUAACCAAUCCAUUGGAAAGUGAAUUACAGAUGCGUUCUUCCCACUAUUUACAAGUUCAUCAGCCUCUCACUCUUUCAUUGUCUAUAAGCCUUUACUUAUGGUAGUCCUACCUAUAAGGAGUUAUUAAGCUUGUCAAAUUGAUCUAAUUUGUGUACUCAUGUUUAUUGCAACUAAUAAAACUAUCCCAGUUACUUUAUUCAGAGUAUCAAUAAAACAAUUCUGCAAGUAA